GGAAGUUUAUGAUCUGAAAUUUUCUCAUCUUAUUUGGGAUCGGCUUCAGAAAAGAUUUAUGUCUGCUUGUAUUUCUCGAUCCAUAGAACUCAAAAGGUUGCUGUCUCAUAUGAAAAAGAAGGACUCUCAAACUAUGGAUCAAUACUUGUUAGAAAUUAAACUCCUAGCAGAUUCUUUAGCCGCUAUUAAUGCUCCAGUCAGUGGGCGAGAUCAAAUCGAGUAUGCUAUACUUGGGUUGGGACGUGGUUAUGAAUCGGUUCUCAAUAACAUUGAUCAAUUACCGGGAAUUCCAAGCCUUGAAGACCUUCGUCCCAUCCUACAAGCGCAGGAGCAACGCAACCUAUUUUUCCAAGCCCAAGAAUCAGCUCCUGUACAUCAGGCCUUCGCUGCCCCCUGCAGCUCCAGCAGUCCGAGGGGGUGCCCCACGUGGCGGUGGUGGACACCCGCGUGCUCCAGGUGGUCGGGGAAACCGAGCAGGCCGAGCUCGUGGCGGCCGGGGUCGUGGCGGUGGCCGGGGAUAUUUCCAGCAGCUCUAUACAGGCUAUCCUCCGCAGGCAGCAGCCCCAAUACCGAGGGCACCAGCAUUUUCAGGGCAGCCAGGUUUCCCGUCUGUGGAUCAGUCCUAUCAGUCACCUCCCCCUCCAGUUGUUUGUCAGUUGUGUUUUUCUCCAGGUCACUCAGCUCUUCAGUGCUCUCGUUUCACUACAUCGCAUACCCCGGCUCUUGCUGCAUUACCCACUGGUGAAACAAAUGAUUCAGUCUGGUAUCCUGACUCUGGGGCCUCUGCUCAUAUGACUCCUCACGAAGGACAAUUACACGGGGGAGCUUCUUCUUCAGGCACUUAAUAAAGAUCAUGUUUAUCCUUUUCAUGCACUUCAAGCCCGUGUAGUACCUGGUCCAAUCUGGCACAAGCGUUUGGGGCAUUGUGGUGAUAGAAUACUUGGUAGACUUAGGCAGCAUAAAUUAAUUUCUACUUCCUCCUCUUUUGUUCACGAUUGUGUUUCUUGUAAACUGGGUAAAUCCCACAGACUUCCUUUCAGUGAUGUUACUCAUGACUCUACUGCACCAUUACAAAUUAUUCACUCUGAUGUUUGGCAGUCGCCAG